UAACUGCGAGGGAGAAGCGCUAAUCACACCUCCGAGUGGGAGCCAGCUCCCGGGAGCAGCGUGUGCCGCCGGGCCCAGGAUAUUCCCUGCCUCCAACCUGAAGCGAUCCCUCCUGGAACGGUUCAGUCGCGCCUGCAGUUCACCUUUGCCUGCAGUUAACCAGCGUGCAAUUUGGGUUUAAUGGAGCUGGGUUUAUUGUUCCUCUUUGGACUUACGAUUACGUCGACUGCAGGGACCGCGCUGCCCCGGCCCCGCUCCGCGCUGCCGGCGGCCGGCCCGGGACACCGCGAGCGCGACGAGAGCGGAGCGGCGGCGGCCGCGGGCGGCAGGGCCAGGGCGGACGGCGGAGCGCUGCGGCACCGGGCCCGGCGCUGCACUUGCUACACCUACAAGGACAAGGAGUGCGUGUACUACUGCCACCUCGACAUCAUCUGGAUCAACACCCCCGAGAGGACUGUGCCAUAUGGACUGUCUAACUACAGAGGCAGCUUCAGAGGCAAGAGGUCCACAGGGCAGACUCAGGGCGCUCCCCAGCCCUCACUGCGAUGCUCCUGUUUGGAUGCCCAUGACAAGCAGUGUUUGCAGUUUUGCAGAAGAAUGCAGGACAGAAGGAGCUUUAACAUUUAUUUGCUGGAGCUCAGAAACAAGAACUUAAACUACAACUCUCCCUUGAGCUGGACAAACUUGAUGCUUCAGUGUGAUGCCAGUGGAGAAUUCAGCAGUAGGCAACACUUCCAUUUCAGCAGUGCCCCUCUGAGGGCAUGGGAACCUGUAUGAAGAAGCUUUUCUCCCCUCGAGAGAGCCUCAGAAAAGGAUAAUCUUUAUCAUGUAACCUGGCAGGGAAUGUAUCACUAUUGAGGAAAACUUCAAAGGCAGACCCAAACUUCAGCAAUGCAAAGCUUCAGGAAACGUUUUUCUCUGUGAUUUAAACAAGUACAAUAGAAACUGUUCCACUCACUGUUUGCUCUGUGUCUGAAGAAUCCAUCCACAGCUCUGUGCAGGCAGCUGCAAGUGGAGAAUGUGGAGAGUUAGAGGGAGACUGCCUCUACACCAGUUCUCAUUAAGAAUAAACAGAUAUUUCUCUUGUUAAUGUAUGCAAGCCUGAAUCAUCAUAUUGUAACUUUGUGGCAGAUGUUUAAAUGACAGUAUCUAUGCAGAAUAAAUAUGAAUGGCUAAUAUAAAUAUUAUUAUAAACUAUAGCAAGUUAAGAGUAUACAUUGAGUAUUCAAUAGAUUACCUAAUUUAGGCACAAGUUAUUCCUGCACUUGGAAGUUCCAUUCAAACACACUUACAGUGAUUAUUUGGGGAUGCACUGUAGCUGGUGAACAGAACUUCAGUGAUUCAUCCCAAAGAAUUUCCCUCCAGAUGCAAGGCUAGCACUGUGGAACUUGAUGCCACCAGAGUCAUUUCUGUGCUGGCCAUUUGCUGUCCCAGGCCCCUGCAGGUCACACCCACAGCACAUCCCCUGGGCUUUGCCAGUGCUACAAAUCCCACCUUUAUCUCUCCAUUGAAACACCAGCACCAAAUAACCCAGAAACUUGGCAAUAAGGAUUAAAUCCAACCCUGGACAUUUUUCAGUGUAAACAAUUUCUUCAGAAAUUAUGGACUUAUUUUUGCUACAAGGAUGCAAGAGUAAGCAAAGGAAAAAGAGUAACUUUUGCAAAUCCUGUUCUAUAUUAUUUAAAAAGAGAGGAAAUCCCUUACUUGUGACAUUACAAUUUUUUGGGGGGUUUACUGACUUUCAUGCAGACUUUCCCCAGGGCACAUAGGUUAAACAAUAACCCCCUGUUGUUAAAUUAUAUUUUAGAAGAAGAAAGAUGGAGACCAAAAGAAAAGUGAAAAGAAAUCAACAGUAAAAAUAUCUAUAAAGGGCUUAAACCAGUGGUAAUAGUUUUUGUUCAAAACAAGAAAGGGAGGUCUUUGCCAAAACAUAUGAUAUAUUUUAUAUAUAUGUGGAUAUAUUUCAUAAAUAAAUUAUUACAGUUAUAAAAUUAAAUAUAUCUUUCAGUUAUUGCAUUUGUAUCAGUUUCUUACUUGCUGUGUAACUGAUUUUGUACAUUUAUAGAAAAUAGAUUAUUUAUUGUAUAAAACCACUACACACACUAUUUUUGGUAUUCUUUUUUAAAAGACAUUGUAUAGUUUUGGGGUUUUUAAAAAAGAAUCAAACUUUGUUAUGAAGAAUGCUUAAUGUUCCUAAUGUUCCUUUGUGACCAAAACCUGGAAAUUUCUUCCCCUGACAAAUCCCUCCACACAGGUCACAGAGCUUGCUGCCUUUAAGGUGUUGAUAAUUCUCCUGACAGUCUGGGAAUUGAGCAGGAAAACAGGAGAGCAAACUCUGUGCUAAUAAUUAUGCAUAAAAAGUCAUGUUUCAAUUUUGUGUCCCUUUUGCUAUAACUGUAACCCUCAUGUGUCCCCUAACCCUGGGAGAAACAAGGCAAAGUUAUUUGUCCUGAGAGUCCUUUUAGGGGACAAUGUCCCUGGAGUUCAGCUCCAGUCCCAAACACAUCCCAGGACUGCACAAGCCUCCAGAGCCUCCUCAGCUCAGCUUUUACAUGACCUGCUCAGCCUGUGGCUGGAAUUCUCCUGCCUUCCCCCAUGUGAAUUCAAUUUAAAUGUUGCAUUUGAAGAUGGAUUCACACCUUCCCCAGUCCCAAAUGCUUUAAUUUAAUUUUAAACAAUCACAGAAAAAGAUAAAUUUCUAACUGGGUUCUUUAUUUGACAUGGAGGCAGAUUUAGCCCUCGAGUGGUGAGCUACAGAUGUUACUGUUGUGUUUUCUCCUUAGGAAAGAGAAAUCCCUUUUUUUUUCCAUAUGAAUUCCACAUUGAAGGGGUUUGGUUUUGGGACUCUGGUGCCAAUGUACCAGUUAAUGUAAAAAUCAGUCCAUUGUGAAUACAGCAAAAGAAAGAAAACUAGAAAUAAUGUUGUGUCAAGCUCAGAAGUGGGAAAAUUUAACUGUAGAUAUUUCCAAAUAAACCUAUAAACCACAGAAUUUA